CUGUUUUUUGUUGCUCACUAGGGGAUCAGUAUUUAACAAAAUGGCUGCUGUUACGAGGGUUUUCUCCUUGAACAAAUCGAUUAAUGUAGGUCGUUUGCUUAGUCGAUCAUUAACGACUACGACUGUCCGUCCUUGUUACAAAAUAAUCAGUGAAGAAGAUCCAAGCAUGAAAUGGAAAGACAUUACGGACAGAGCUGCCGUAACUCUGUUUUGGACAGAAUUAUUCCGAGGAUUGGGGGUAACUCUUGCACACAUAUUUAAAGAACCUGCGACUAUAAAUUAUCCCUUUGAGAAAGGUCCUCUGAGUCCUCGAUUCCGAGGUGAACAUGCCUUACGUCGUUAUCCUUCCGGAGAAGAAAGAUGUAUUGCUUGCAAGUUAUGUGAGGCAAUAUGUCCAGCUCAGGCAAUUACAAUUGAAGCAGAAGAGAGAGAGGAUGGAAGUCGACGAACCACUCGCUACGACAUAGAUAUGACAAAAUGUAUUUAUUGUGGAUUUUGUCAGGAAGCCUGUCCAGUGGAUGCAAUUGUAGAGGGUCCAAAUUUUGAAUACUCUACAGAAACUCAUGAGGAACUGUUGUAUAAUAAAGAGAAAUUGUUAAAUAAUGGUGACAAAUGGGAAGCUGAAAUUGCUGCCAACAUUCAAGCCGAUCAUCUGUAUCGCUGAGAUUCAGUUUAAUUAACAGUUGACUUAGUAAGUUUUGUAUAUAAAAAUUUGUAUGUAUAAGUAGAAUAAAACAUAGCAGUGUAAUUUAACAAAAUAAAAAGGAAUUUGAUCAUUAAA